AUGAACUCGAACUCGAUUUCAAAUUCGCCAUUGUAAGUCGUUUGAAAAUAAUCUAUUUAAAUGAAGUAAAAUCUUUUUCAGAGGGCUCACUGUCAAAUUCAAAAACGAAAUCGUCGUCAACCACCGCCGGUCGUACAUUCGAAUUCUGGAAAACGUCGUCGAGAAGACGGCACAGGCGGGCGCGCUCAUCCAAGAAAAUCAGAAAGCUCCAGAAGUGAACGGACAGGAAAUGAUGGAGAAAAUCAUUGGAAUGGCCCACGACGCGCAUUUCACAAUUGUCAACAGAACGAAUGAUUUGGUCAACAAGAGCACACAUAAUAGAGAAUCCGAGCUCUCCAGUGCAGCCGCCAACUGAACAACCAGAAGUCGUUCGGUCGUACCCGGUUCGAACGACCGAUCCCAAUCAUUUUCCGUUGCUGAUGGCUUCCCUCAGCUCCUCGGAGCACUGUCUCCCGUCUUCCGACGACGAAGAGUACUGCCCGACCCGACGAGUCGAAUGAGCCGAAUCGACGUCAAUCCGUGCCAAACGUUCACUCUUCUGGCUUCGAAUCUCUCACAAGAUCCCGCACAAAUUCUGAAUACAGUUGUACGAAUCUUGUCCGCUAGUUCAUAUCGAUUUCUGGUCAAAUUUCAAAACCGCCGUUCUUCUUUUUCUUUUCCACGGAAUUCGCUGUAAUCCGAACUAGAUCAAGACCGAUCCGCAGCUCAAAGUACGCACAAAACUUGCUCUAUCGUAAUUAUAUGCGCCCUUUUCACAGGAUUUGGUCCUACAUUCAAAAGUGGCCAAAAUCGGAUUCAUGGUGUCAGCGGCGAAACGUCUUCGACGCGUCUAUCCGGCAUUCACUUUCAACAGAUUCAGAGAGACGCUGACAAUGUUCAGGGACGGCGUGAAGCACAGAAAGAUCAGUUUGGACGACCUCGCCUGA